AUGGCGACAGCAGCAGCAGCAGCAGCAGAGAAGAGAAAGCCAGUGUUCAUCAAUGUAGAAGAACUAAAACCAGGCACUAAUGGUCACAAUCUCACAGUCAAAAUCCUUGACUCUAAACCAGUCCCUGUCCCUAAGCCACGUCGUGCUCCUAUGUCUCUCUCUCAACGACCUCAACGUCCUCCUCGUAUUAAUGAAUGUCUCGUUGGUGAUGAAACUGGCUGUAUUGUUUUCACUGCUAGAAAUGAACAAGUUGAUAUAAUGAAACCUGGUGCCACUGUCAUCCUGCGCAAUGCAAAGAUUGACAUGUUCAAGGGAUCUAUGAGGCUUGCAGUAGACAAGUGGGGGCGUGUUGAAGUUGCUGAACCUGCUAACUUUGUAGUCAAGGAGAAUAACAAUCUUUCUCUGGUCGAGUAUGAAUUGGUUACUGUUCGAGCAUGA